UUUGAGGCAUUCCAAGUGCUCUGGCUAAACGAUAUGGAAGCGACUAGUACUUCGGCCGCAGCCGCCAUCGCGAAGCCUGAAGACGGGGCUGAAACUGAGACUGUGGCUCCUCCUGGUCAGUCUGGCGAAGCUAAAACCGGCGGAGUUCAGCAAAGUGUUAUCAGGAAGUGCCGGGAGCAGAUCCAGGCUAAGCUGGCGCGCAGACCAGAUGGCAAGAGCUGCCUUGAGGCCACCAUGUCCAGGUGGGAAGACUUCAUGGAACCUGCCAUGUUUUUCCAUGGAUUUUGCUUCUGGACGAUGCAGUCGCUGAUGGAAAUGGUCCAUACGCUUAAAGUGUGUAUGGUGGACAACCAGUUUUCCGCGGAGAUUUGCUCGAACCUGCACAACUACCAGAAUGAAUCAGCCAAGGUCCAACAGGGAGUAACAAGGGUGGUUAUGUACAACAGCAUCAUCAGUUCCCUGAUCCCAGCUUUCCUGAUGUUGCUACUCGGAGCCUGGAGUGACAAAUACGGACGCAAGAUCCCCCUGCUGAUCACAGCCAGCUGCAGCGCCCUGUGGAUCGGCGGGUACAUGCUCAGCGUCUUGUAUUCCGGAUGGCCCACCUGGCUGCUGUACGUCUUUACCCUCUUCGACUCCAUCGGGGGCGGCAACCAGGCUUUCACCAGCCUCUGCAUCUCCUACCUGAGCGACGUCACCUCCUGGGAGGAGAGGACCAAGCGGAUCGGCAUCGGCAUGUCCGUCUGGUACAUCGGCGGACCCAUCGGGAACAUCUUCGUGUCCCUCUUCCUCACCUACGGAGGGAUCCAGUCCACUCUGCAACUCAUGUUCUUCUGUCAGCUGUCCACGGUGUCCUACCUGUACCUGGUGAUUAAGGAGAGCCACGGGCCCUUCUGCACCAUGCCCCGGAUCCUGCAGCACACGAACCCCGACGACUCCGCGGCGCUCAAGACUCCCUGGCAGAUCGCCGGCGACUUCUUUUGUCUGGCCAGGAUCAAGGAGUCCUUCCAGACAGUGUUCAGGAAGAGGGAGGGAGGUCUUCGCACUGUUUACAUCUGCGUGUUGCUUAGCAACAUGAUAAGGAGGAUUGCCCGAUCAUUCCACAUGUACCUGUUCGUACAAAACGCACUGCAGUGGACAUCUAUAGAUUACAGCUGGUGGACCACCUACCGAACCUCCUUCGCCGCUUUAGGUUCAAUGUUCCUCAUGAAGAAGCUGCUGAAAUACCUCAACAUUACUGACACGGGGCUGAUCAUCAUGGCGUCGAUUUCGGUUCUUCUCGAGUACAUGACCUACGUCCUCUUGGACCUGACUGACACCGACUUACUGAUCUGGGUUGGACCCCCCCUCGGUAUCCUGUCUUACAGCAUCACCAUCGGUCUCAAAGCCAUGGCUACAAAACUGGUUUCUCAAAACGAAAAGGGCCGUGUAAGCACGAUGUUGUCAGCAAGUCAGUCUUUGGUUCCAAUGAUUGGUGGCUACGCUUUCUUCAAGUUGUACAACUCCACUCUGUACACGAUGGCUGGAGCCCAGUUUCUGCUCUCUGCAAGUUUGGCUGCUCUGAUUCUUUCCAUCUUUAUUGCCAUCAGGACAUUGAAACCCGAGGUAGAUCAGAUUAAGCCACCAGGCGCUACCGUAGAAACACCUGCCAACAGAAAUGCUGAAAUUCCCACUUUAGUGAUUCAGGAAAAUGCAGAAAGUCCCCAUGCCUACGACAACCCGGCUUGCUCCAAUAAAUGAACAGCUACGAAGCGCCCGCAGAGAUGGAAAAGAAGUCGCAUUGCUGUUCUAGCUUUAAGACGAUGAUCUCAGUAUUUACUAAGAGGUAAUUUGUACAUAGAGAAGGAGGAAGGAGGGGGAAAGCUGAUUCCUGUUGUCUAUGGAAACCUGCAAUGGCUCUUGAACUUUCACACUUGGCAGAUUAAAUAAUGAAAAGGGAAUUCAGCUGAUCAAUUCGUCCUGCAGAAGGGAGGACCCUUAAAGUGAAAGGUCUGUAUUGUCGACUUUUCUUCGGAAAUUCACGGAGUCGUCAAUAUCAGCUUCUAUGUUCAUCUGGUGCCCUACAGAUGACGGUGUAUUGCAGGUCGUUGUGAGUGAGUCUCGCUUCUCUAUUCCAAAACUUAUCCGUGUUCUGUUUUAUGUACUAUUUUUUAUAUUGAUUUCUGCAAUUUAUUUCCCUCCAGCAAUCAUUUCCUUUUCUUAUUCAAGUUAUGAAUCGAAGGCGAAUCGUAGUUUAUCCGAGAGAAUUCUAUUCGUCUUGCAAAGCGCAUAAUUAACUCUCAAAUUAUUAAAACAUUAUCUUUAAAAGCUUUGAUUAACUAUAACCUUAAGUUUUUCUACGUAGAUUUGAAACGAUCGGUAUGAAUUCCUAAAUUUCGGUUCUGUUCAUAACACUUCAUGUGUGUGUGUUUUUUAUUUUUUAAGUCGCAUGAGUGGGCGUUUUACAUUCUUAUGAUGUUAUCUCCUAUGUUUUGUGAAUACUGUAAGACCAAUGUCAAAGAGCAGGUAAAUUUGGGGGAGUGCAAGAUAGCGUAAGUAUGAUGCUGCAUGAAGCCUGAUUUCGCUACUAAAGUACAAAAAGAAAAAAAAAGAAAAAAAAACUAAAUAAAUAAAUACAGAAAAAUACACUGGCUCUUUAAUGUGAAAUUUGGAGACGAGAUGAUGUAAUAGCGCAGCGCUGACUUUUUUCCUUAGGCGUCUGCCUUAUUACAUUGUUUAUACUCUAUUGUUAUACUUUUUGUAUCUUUAUCAUAAACAAACUGAGCAUUUAUUUAGACAGUGUACAAGAGCUCUUCUUCAAUAGAAUGACUUUAUAUCUAAUUAUAACGCAGUGGUUACAUACCUAUGCAAGUGUAUAUAUAAAGGUCACGCUGA